UUCUCCAGUUUCGGGGAAGGGUCCAGGACAUCCUCCCGGAGCUUCCUGCACAACAUGACCACUACCUCCUCCGCUGGCUCAGAGCCCGCAGCUUCAAUGUUCAGAAAGCCGAGGCCAUGAUCAGGAAGCAUGUAGAGUUCAGGAAGCAGAUGAAAACAGAUACCAUCAUAUCUGACUGGAAACCUCCAGAGGUGAUCGAGAAGUAUGUAGCUGGUGGGAUGUGUGGCUAUGACAGAGAGGGAAGCCCCGUCUGGUAUGAUAUUAUCGGCCCCCUGGACCCCAAAGGCCUCAUGAUGUCGGCCACCAAACAGGACUUCAUGAGGACAAAGAUCAGGGACACGGAGAUGCUCCACAGGGAGUGUCGGAGACAGUCUGAAAAGCUCGGGAAGAAUAUCGAAGCCAUUACUCUGAUCUAUGACUGUGAAGGCCUGGGGCUCAAACACAUGUGGAAGCCUGCAGUGGAGGCCUAUGGCGAGAUCCUCACCAUGUUUGAAGAGAACUAUCCAGAAGGGCUAAAAAGGGUGUUACUCAUCAAAGCUCCCAAGAUUUUUCCCAUGGCCUAUAAUUUAGUCAAACACUUCCUGUGUGAGGAAACACGACGUAAAAUUAUCAUUUUGGGAGGUAAUUGGCAGGAGGUGUUACGUAAAUAUAUUGAUCCAGAGCAGCUUCCGGUGGCGUAUGGAGGGACUCUCACUGAUCCCGAUGGAGAUCCUCGCUGCCGGACCAUGAUCAACUACGGCGGCACGGUGCCCAGGUCAUACUACGUUCAGGACUCUGUGAACGUUCAGUACGACCACAGCGUGACCAUCAGCCGCGGCUCGAUCUUCCAGCUGGAGUACGACAUCACUGCACCCAGCAGCCUCCUCAGGUGGCAGUUUGCCAGUGACGGGGCAGAUAUAGGUUUUGGUGUAUACAGGCGAACCCAGGAAGGUGGCGGUCAGAAAGUGUCCGAAAUGCUCCAGGUUCUGCCGAGCGAGCGCUACAAUGCACAUCUUGUUCCAGAGGAUAGCUCGUUCAUCUGCUCCGAGCCUGGAGUCUAUGUGCUGUGUUUUGACAACAGCUACAGCCUGAUCCAGUCCAAAAGGGUGAGCUACAACGUUGAGGUUCUUCCUCCUUCAGACUACCAGAGUCAAAGCCCACGGAGCAGAGGAGAUGGCAGACUGCAGUGA